CUCCCCUGGCUAAUGUCCAUGAGCAGAUGGCCCAGCCCUGGGCUGAGUCUUUCCGUUUUGCGGCCAUUGUAGGGCAUCAGCCCCUCCCGUUAUCCCGGUCCGGAAGUCCUCCUUUCCUCUCUUACCCUGGAAAGUCCCUCCACUGCCCCUCCCACCCUAAACCCGGGUCACCUAGAGAGCAUUGAAGCUCCCACCUUGGGUGGCUCCUCCUAGUGGUCAUAUUUGGCCCUCGCAGGGGUCCCUGACCAGAGCGGCCACAGGUGAGUCCUGGACUGCGCAGUCGGCUGUGGGAGCAGCUCUGGGUCGAGGCCUCCCAGCUGAACCCCUUUUGCCCUUCAUUGAGGAGGGAUUUUGACUAUUAGUUCUGGGUUUUUCCAGUUAACAAAGGAAGCCACGUGAUGGCCGGGGAGAGGCGCCAGGAAGCCUCACUUCCUGGGGCAGAAGGGGGCUUCCUAGACAGGCUAUGCAGAAAGGGAGCCCGACACCGGAAAAGGCCCGGCUCUGGCUGGACCGGACCAGGAACCCCCUUCGGGCCUCCUUCCGGCGUCUUCCUGACUGGCUUUGGGAAGUCCCCAUUGGAGCACCAGAGCCCACCUGGAGAUCGAUCUGCUACCCAGAAUGCCCCGCGCGGUGCCCUCGGGCCCCCCUCCUGCCUGGCACAAAGCAGGAAUGCAGAGACCCCGAGGAAAGUGCAGGGCCCGGAGCUGUGUUAGGAGGGAGAAGAGCUGGGAAUUGGGGACGCCGGAGGCCCGGGGAAAGACAGGAGCCCGGAGCGCCCUACAGUAUGCAGGCGAGCACAGGCUCCAACGCCUCCAAGACCCCCUGGCGGCGGGCGGGGUCGGUUCAGACUCCCAGAGACUGCGGAGGAAAGAAGGGGAAGAACGGGGGACAGAGAUGGGGAGGGCUCAGAAAGGGGAAGGGGUGCAGAGAGGGAGGGCCAGCUGGGCGGGACAAUCUACCCCAGGAACGGGCGGAGCAGAGGCCUCCCGGAAUCCGGAAGUUACGAUGGUACCCCAUUCCCCGCCCUUCCGUACUUCCAAAGCUUUUCCCGCCGCCGCUCCGUACUGUCUGUGGAACUCCCUCGGUCCCUGGCCUCCAGUCUCGUUUAGAGACAAGAAGUAAAGUGGCUGCUGGAAAAGGAGCCGGAGUUUGAAGCAGAGACGAGUCCUGGAAACGAUAGAGGAGCUUCACCAGGGGGACUCACUGGGGCUACGUUGCUUCCUCGACAAGGAGCCUGGAAUCCCAGGGAUGGCCUUGGAGAGGGACAGACUCCCAGUCCAGGAGGUGGUGACGUUCCAGGAUGUGGCUGUGGACUUCACUCGGGAGGAGUGGCGCCUCUUGUCCCCUCCCCAGAAGGAGCUGUACAAGGAGGUGAUGCUGGAGAAUGCCCGGAACUUGCUCUUUGUGGGGCUUCUAGCUCCCCCAGAAAAAGUGAUUUCUUAUUUGGAGCAGAGGGAUGUCCCAUGGAUUCUGGAGCAAGAAGGUCUGAAGAUCUGGUACCCAGAAGGAGAAAUCAGACCUGAAAUUAAGGAGAAUCCAAUAGAGGUGAGCUUUCCUGUGGAAGAAAUGAAUCUACAAAGAUGCACUGAUGGUCUUGAUAAAUUUGCUUCCAGGGAAUUCUGUGUUGCAUCUCAAAAUUCAUCUAAUAUUGAACAUCAGCGAAUGGAUCCUGAGGUAAAAUCUAGUGAAAAUAAUCAUUGUGGAAAGACUUUCAUGUACAGGGCCAGUCUUUCUGGACAACAGAAUUUCCACACUGGGAUUUUCCCUUAUGAAUGCAAGCAAUGUGGAAAGCCAUUCAGUCAGAACUCCAAUCUUGUUGUACAUCAGAGAAUUCACACUGGGGAGAAACCUUAUAAAUGCAAGCAAUGUGGAAAGGCAUUCAGUGUGAGCUCCACUCUUGUGAAACAUCAGAGAAUUCACACUGGGGAAAAACCUUAUAAAUGCAAGCACUGUGGAAAGGCAUUCAGUGUGCUCUUCACUCUAGUGAACCAUCAGAGAAUUCACUCUGGGGAGAAACUUUAUCAUUGCAAGCAAUGUGGAAAGACAUUCAGUCAGAGCUCCAGUCUUGUCGUACAUCAGAGAAUCCACACUGGGGAGAAACCUCAUGGAUGCUUGGAAUGUGGAAAGACAUUCAGUCGUAUCUCUCUUCUCACUAGACAUCAGAUAAUUCACACUGGGGAGAAACUUUAUGAAUGCAAGCAAUGUGGGAAGACAUUCUUUCAUACCUCUAGUCUUUCUCGACAUCAGAUAAUUCACACUGGGGAGAAACUUUAUGAAUGCAAGCAAUGUGGGAAGACAUUCUUUCAUACCUCUAGUCUUUCUCGACAUCAGAGAAUCCACACUGGGGAGAAACCUUAUGAAUGCAAGCACUGUGGAAAGACAUUCAGUCAGAGCUCCAGUCUUGUUGAACAUCAGAGAAUUCACACUGGGGAGAAACCUUAUGAAUGCAAGCACUGUGGAAAGGCAUUCAGUCAGAACUCCCGUCUUGCUGUACAUCAGAGAAUUCACACUGGGGAGAAACCUUAUGAAUGCAAGCACUGUGGAAAGGCAUUCAGUCAGAACUCCCGUCUUGCUGUACAUCAGAGAAUUCACACUGGGGAGAAACCUUAUGAAUGCAAGAAAUGUGGAGAGACAUUCAGUCAGAACUCCAAUCUUGUUCUACAUCAGAGAAUUCACACUGGGAAAAAACUUCCUGAAUGCAAGCAAUGUGGAAAGACAUUCAGUCAGAACUCCAAUCUUGUUCUACAUCAGAGAAUUCACACUGGGGAGAAACCUUAUAAAUGCAAACAAUGUGGAAAGGCAUUCAGUGUGAACUUCACUCUAGUGAACCAUCAGAGAAUUCACACUGGGGAAAAACCGUAUGAAUGCAAGCAAUGUAGAAAGACAUUCAGUACAAAUUCCCAUCUUGCUGAACAUCAGAGAAUCCACACUGGGGAGAAACCUUAUGAAUGCAAGCAAUGUGGAAAGAGAUUCACUCAGAACUCCAGUCUUGUUGUGCAUCAGAGAAUCCACACUGGGGAGAAACCUUAUGAAUGCAAGCAAUGUGGAAAGAGAUUCACUCAGAACUCCAGUCUUGUUGUGCAUCAGAGAAUCCACACAGUGUAGAAACCUCAUGAAUGCAAGCAGUGUGGAAAGAUAUUUACUAUGUGAUCCAAUUUUGCUGUAUAUCAUAGAAUCCCCCUGGGGGAAAACCUCAUGAUUAUAAGAAAUGUGGAAAGGCAUUCAGUAUAAGUUCUUAUCUUGCUGUACAUCACAGAAUCCACACUAGGAAGGUACCUUAUGAAUGCAAGUCAUGUGGGAAGACAUUUAUUAGGAGCUCACAACUUGUUUUACAUCAUAAAAUUGUAACCAUGAAAAUGUGGGUUUUAAGACUGUGAAUUGCCAAAACUGUAAAGGUUUCAGCUAAACUGUAAAGAGAAUUUUUAUUGUCUUGAUUUAAAUAGAAAAUGAGUGGUCACCAUGGGGAAAAUCCCAAAUAUGAAAAUAUCCAAAUCAGCUGGGUUUUAUCGAGAUUUUAGUUAAUACAAAUGAAGGAAUUAAGGGAAGAGUAAUAGAAAAUAGUAGAAAGGUCUUAGGCCAAAUGACCUAGUCCUGAGCCUUAAGGGAGACUAGCCAGUCUUUAUCCCUCACCACAAGAUCAUCCCAAACAAAAUUCCAAUCCUUCACUGAAAUCCUCAACUCUUGAACUGAGUUCAGACACUCAGUACCUCCAAACUAACUCUAAACUCCAACUAUGUUCAGAGCCCCUCCUCUGAACUCCUCAUCUCCUUUUAAAGAAAAUCAUCUCUUCUGUUACCUCCCCCAAAUUUUUACAUCUACUAAUCAUAGUAGAUGCUUUUUCCCAGAACCGUCUAUUCUUAUUUCACAUCUCUCCUUUUUUUGCCAUCUUCUCUGAUUAGAUUAUAUCUUCUGAGUAUUUCACAUCUCUUUGUUAAGCAUGCCCUUUGUAAGUUGCUUGACCUUUUAGUGGUUAAUUUAACCUUUAUAGGUACUUAUCAGCUUUUUCUAUUAGAUCUAGAAGUAGACCACCUAGCUUAAGGUUUUUGCUCCAUGAUAAGUAUGAGUCUGGGACUUUUCAUUAUUCCACCAGGAAUUUGCAACUUUACCUUGACCUAAGGCACUGUCUGAGCAGGGUGGAGUAAUUUUAAACUUCUCAAUACAUUCCUGACCAAGUACCUCCAUUGUUAAAUGUGGGGAAUAGCUUAAUCAAAUCUUCUAAGGUAUAGUCUGAGCAAUUUUAAGAUUCACAGAAUCCACACUGGGGAGAAACCUUAUGAAUGCAAGGAAUGUGGAAAGAUAUUCGGUUGGAAUUCCCAUCUUGCUGUACAUCAGAAAACCUACACUGGAUAGAACCAUAAAAUUAAAGGCUGUGUGGAAGGAUCUUCAUAUUCGGUGCCAGUCUUGUUACUGUAUGAAGGAAAUUUUCUCUCCUCACCUUUCUAGGGCAGCAUUGUGUAAUUAGAAAUCUAACCCUAAAAUCUGAUUCUUAGCACCCCACUGUCAUCCUGUUUUUAUGUGCUGACAUAAUCAGAGUGUAAAUUUUGUGGAGCCCUGCCUCUUGCUCUCUUCUCUUCCUGUGAUGGCAGAUGAGAACAUGGGGAUUUUGAUCAGCUAGGAAAACAGUCAUGUGGUUAUAUUUUGUUAGAUAAUAAACUAAAAUUACAAUAAUUGAGGUAUUAGACAAUAAUCUCAUAAAUUUUAAAAUCUGCAAACAUGUAUGAGGAUACAGGCAGUGAAUAAUUUUUAUAAAGCAAACUAUUAUUUGGCUAUGAACUCAAAACUAAUGGUUAUGUUAAAUCCUCAAAAAAGCUAAUACUAUUACAAUCAUAAAAGAGAAAGUAGGGAUUUCAGUUACACAUAUAAUGUGAAAAACAAUUAUCCUGAUAGAGAUGUGAAUUGAAGUAGUACUUGAUUAUAACUGAUUUUAAGUCAGUUCUGUCAAAUAUAUUCAUCCAUAUAAAUUGUAACCUACAGAAUCUUUUCUGAAGAGACAUUUGCUGUCAGCAUUUCAAAUGGUAAAGACCUCUACAUUCAAAUUACUCUGCUUCUCAGCGUUUUUGUCUACCUACCUGAUCAGUAGGAGGGUCUGAGCCCUAGAGAAUGAAGGAGGAAAAGAGGAAGGUGUUGAAGAGAUGGGGAAGGUGGUGAUUGCCCAGAUAGAAUUCAGGCUCUGAGGUAGAAUUUGAAGGCCUGAGGAAGAACAAAAUUCAGGACUCUCACAAGGAAAACUCUAAGAAUUUUAGAGAUAAAGAGAAACUUCUCAGAAAGUGAUAUGCUACCUGAGAAGACUUGAGUUCAAGAGGUUAAGGUGAGCAUGGAGGACAUAUUCCAAGCAGUGAAACAACUAAGGGAAAGGCAGCAUUUUAAGAUGAAGGGUCCUGAUCAAGAAUCAUUCUGGAGGCCAGUAUUACUGGGUCAGAAAUAUAAUAUAGGGGAAUUCUUAUGGGAGAAACACACCCAAGUUUGUAGAAGUAUCUUAGGCCAAGAAUGUGAGACUCAAAUUUCAUUCAAUUUGAAAUAAAAUAAUUUUAUUUGAAGAA